CUCAUUUCCCUUUCCCAAACGUAUUUUCCUUAAUCGGAAGCCGGGAAGGACCUUCUGCAACAAGCUCCUUCUUCCAUGCGGUCACUCGCUCAAGCUUUGCCUCUACCCGCUCGCACGAGAGAGAGGACGAAGCGCACCGACGUUUCAGCUUCUGUGCUCUAUAUAAACCCUCGGUCACGGCCGAUCCGAUUCGCCUCGCGGACGGAGCAGAACGAUCCUCAAAGUGACCGAACCUUCUCCCAGUUUAAAGUUUCGGGUUUGCUGUAACUAUCAUGGCGUACGUUCCUCCGCACAAGCGACAUUCGAAGGAGCGCGGUGGCCCGUCCCCUGUUCCGGCGUCGCUUUCGCGUCAGUUCAAGAAAGGUCUUAACUUUAGGUCGCCCAAAGCUAACGCUCAUCAGAGUGGGAAGAUCGUCUAUGCAAACACGGCGAUUUCCAGAUGGUUGGCUGUUGGUUUGGACGAUGAUGGAGAUCAUCUUCCUUCUGGGGUCUUUCUCAAGCCGGUCUCGGUUGAGGCCGUUGAAAGGAGAUCAGGAGAGAAACCGCUAGCCUUAGCCAAAAGUUGUGUGGCUAAUGAAGAUGAUGAGACAGGUCGGGACCGUGGCAAGAAGCCUUGGGUACAUAUAGCCGAAACUGUGAUGCCGGAUUUAGUUUCUUCAUUCGAAGUUGUGAGAAGUGAGAUUGAGGGUCAGAGCAUGGAAGAAAUAAAGCCAACAUUGGUUGCUAGAUUCGGAAAAAUUCUUUUUCAUGGGAGUCCUUCAUUUCCAGCGGAAACUUGUGGAGAUAUGGAUACUGAGACCUCUUUGAGACAGUUGAAAAGAUCAUUUUACACAAAUAUUCCUCCCUCUUUUGUGGAAAAUGUGACUCUUAGAAUUAUACCAGAGAUUGGCCUUAAUUUUGAAGGUGAAAAGGAUAUAUAUCAUGUCAAGUUAUCCGACAAGUACAGGCCAGAUUCGACUAUCUCCUGCAAAUGUAGUGUUUCUGAGGCAGACCAGAGACUCGAACUCUAUAAGGUCGAAUUAAACCAGGUGCGACACAUGGUAGUUGAUGUUUCAUGCCUCAGUAAGGAUUUGGACAUGAGGUUAAUGUUAUGCACCAAGAGAAUCUUGACAGCUAUUAGCGAAAAGGAAAAGGACAGCAUUGGGGAUUUGAUUUCUUCUGCAGUUAUAGAUUCUAGUGUUAAAGGGGGUUUAAGAUGGCCUGUGGGCAAGGAAUCUUCUGGAGAUAGAUACAGCAUUGUUGGAGUUUGGCAUACAAUCUCUAAAACUUAUAAGAAUUCAUCCAUGAGGCUGAAGGUGAGACAUGCUGAUCGAUUUGAUUUUGGGAUCUCCCAUGGGGAAGUUACUGAAGAAACUGUCGUGAAGUUGAAAGGCAUAACUUCUGAAUUGCAUGGAGACAGUCUGGGAACUGAUCUAACCUCUGAUAUGCUGAAAGAUGCAGUAAAAAUGAUGUGGGAGCGCUUCUUACCUUGUGGAAAUACAGUCAUCUGAAUUGGCCUCUCUUUCUCAGUGUGUAAAUGUGUGGGUGAGAGCGAGAAUGUAAAUGAAUCUCAUGGUGAUUGUGUGAGUUCGUCUUGUGAGAAUGUAUGUAAGGGCUCAAAAACAUGGGCCUCAUUCUCUUUUCUCGCCUUGUGGGCCUCUAGCAGUUUGCUUGAAAAUGAGAUCUUUUUAAUUAUAGUGAUUUGGUG